AUGGUGGAGCUCAAGAAGCAGCUCACUGGGUUUAUGGAGACCGUGAGGGAAACCGAGAAGAUCUUGAGGAACGGGUGGCUCAUGGCCUCCAUUGCUUUCUUCACCACCUUGGCAUACUCCCUCCUCCUCCUCGCCAACUUUCUCUCCUUCCGCUCCCUCGUCACCGACCUCAUCGUCAAGUGGACCCCCCUCCUCGUCAUCAGCCCCUCAAGCGCCGAGUUCGCCAACCUCCUCGUCGGCAUGCAGAACGACUUCCGCCUCUUCGUCGGCGCCGGGUGGGUCUUCGUCCUCGCCUACUUCCUGGCCUCGGUCCUCUUCUCCACAGCCACAGUCAUCGCCUCCGCCAUCAUACACACCGGGCAGAGUGACCUGUCCCGUCCCAGGGACGUGGCGCUGGCCGCCGCCCGGUGCUUGAAGCGCCCACUCAUCACGUCCUUCUACGUGUCUAUCUUCGGCUUGGGAUACAUGUUCCUCCUCCUGGCAAUCCUGCUCCCUAUCAUGCUGUCCCGAGCAAUAUCGUUCAUCACCGUCGCCACCUGCGUCUGCGCCAUGCUGUUCUACGCCUACCUGUCGGUGGUGUGGACGAUGGGGAUGGUCGUGUCGGUGCUCGAGGAGAAGUCGGGGAUGGAGGCGUUCGGGAAGGCCUGGCAGCUGGUCAAGGGUGGGCUGGAUCUGAAGGGGUUCGGAAUAAGCCUCCUAGUGACGAUACUGUCCUAUGGGGUGGGACAGAUAUGGAAGGUGGCCAUAGGCAGCCGAUCAUCGUACGUGUUGCUGCUGGUGGGGUUGGUGGCGGUCAACGGCCUGUGGCUGGUGCGGAUGUAUGGGCUAACGGGGUUCACAGUGUUGUACUAUGAGGGCAAGAGGAACCAUGGUGAAGAGACAGAGACGGUGUUGGGCAUGGACUACACCAAGAUUCCAUCCUUGCCCUUGAUUGCUGGGAAUUUGCCUUAG